AUAUGUUAAAAGGAUCAAAAUGGUGACAGCUCGUGCUUGACGUCAUACUGACGUCAUUGCUAUUACGCCAUCGGAUCCCGGAGGAUGGAGAGGAAGAAAAUAAAAUGAGCUUCAUCAGAGAUAAACUUUUCAAACCGGAUGUUUUUAUUUUCACAGGUUUUCUCCUUAUUGUAGUGACGAAGAAUGUGUUAUGCCGUCCUAAAGGGGGAAGUAAAGGGAGAGGAAGUUCUGUUUUGUAUGGAAACAGAGGAACAGGACGGUUAUAUUUCACAUCAGCUCGUUGGGCAGCACUGUCUCCAGCUACAAAAGUUCUAGUAUUUAUCUUUUGUGGAAUACUGGGAAUUUUCCUAUUGGUCGGCUUGUAUAGAGCUUACGUUUGGUGUACAAAGGAGCCCGGAAGGCGGUGAUAGUUUCAGAGUCAGGAUCUAUGAAUGUCUCAACGAAGAAUGUAAAGCAACAAGAAGAUGUUUAAAAAAAGAAUGUACGAAUUACAAGGGUCCAAAGUGAUGAGAUGAAUAUGUGUGACCUUUUUGUCCUUAGCGGCUCACUGCUUUAUAUUCAAAAUGUGCAAUGUAGCUUUAUGUUAAGUGUAGGAAAAUGAUACGCAUCAAACUUUGUCAGAAAAUUGUUUAACCCAUUCUCCGCUGAUGUUGCGUUUUCGCAUUACUUUGUGGUGGUGUAAAAAAGUAACUUUUUGAAAAAAAAGUUAUAGGGAAUUAGCGCUUAUCCUUUAUAAGGUUGUGGGAUCUACAGUUCCCGCCAGCAUUCUUAAUUUUUAAUGUCUAUUUGAAAAAAAUGUCUUCGUUUUCACCGAAAAUAGUUUAAAAAAAGUGAAAUGAUUAAAUUACCAGUUUUUAUAUUUUUGAAAAAAGUAUCCGAAAGUUUUGGCGGUUAAUGGGUUAAAAAGAACCUAAGGAGCUUAGAUAAACCAUUCCAUCCCUACGUAACUUUAAAUCUUUUACUAAUGUUGAAAUUAAGAAACUAUAAAAAUUCUGUGGGAACAUUCAAAAUAAGACAAUUUGAGAUCUUUAACUGUGAACCGUUGCAUAGUGGCUUUUAUGAACGUAGAACUUGUCGACAACAUUCAUAACUUUGUCCAAAAUAUUUUUGUAAAUGGGUCUUUUUAUUUCAGCUUUCGCUAGACAGAAAAAAUAUGACAAUAGGUCAGUAAGGUAAACAUAAAAUAUUUUAAUUAAUCAACUCAGACGUUAUUUCAAGUUACAAAAUCAGACGCAAAAUUGGAACGAAGAACACUUGGAAUAAAAAGACUCCUCUUUUUUUUUUUUCUUUCCUGACGGUUAUAGUUUUUUGACUUCAAGGAUCGUGGAGUAAUUUUUUUUAAACAAAUAUUAAUUAAAAUAAUAUAAAUAUUAAAUACUUAU